GGCUGAAAACGAAGGAGGCAGAUAAUAAUAGGAACCUUCUGUUCAUUGUGAUAUUGCGAUAUCAUGACAAAGCAGGUCAGCGGUUCACCUUUCCUCAAGCCCUUCUACAUGAAGUCGACUGUCAGAGUGGUCAGCCCUCUGCAACAGAGACGACACACACUUCCUGCCAGCGAGUUCAGAAACCUCACGCCACAGGAUGCCAUCAGUGUGUUUGAAAUCGAAAGGGAAGCCUUUGUCUCUGUGUCUGGAGAGUGUCCACUUACCCUGGAUGAAGUGCUUAAUUUCCUGGGUCAGUGCCCUGAGCUGUCUCUGGGUUGGUUUGAAGAGGGACAGCUGGUGGCUUUCAUCAUUGGCUCUGGCUGGGACAAGGAAAGGCUCUCACAGGCAGCCAUGACUCAGCAUGUCCCAAACACCCCAACUGUGCACAUCCAUGUGCUGUCUGUGCACCGCCACUGUCGACAGCAAGGCAAGGGCUCCAUUCUCUUGUGGCGCUACUUGCAGUACCUGCGCUGUGUGCCAGGUCUCCGCCGAGCUCUGCUGAUCUGCGAGGACUUUCUGGUGCCCUUCUACCUUAAGGCUGGCUUCAAGGAGAAAGGGCCAUCAGAGAUCUCUGUAUCCAAUAUGCAGUUCCAAGAGAUGGAGUACACACUUGGUGGGCAGGCAUAUGCAAGGCGGAACAGCGGCUGCUAACCUACCCCACCUUCCUUCUACUUAAUCACCUCUAAAAUGGACUCAGGACAGUAUAAGAUAAACAAAACAUAGCAGAAAGAUGAAAGAGCCAGUAUGCAUCAUUGGCUUGGGUUCAGCAUCAUAUUGUCAGUGUUUCCUUUGACCCACUGAUAAAGGAGCAAUGUCCAUGUGAGGACAGAGGAAAGUAAGAGUGAAUUUGUUUCUUCAAGCAACAAAAUGAACUACUUGCUUUUUGCAGUUAAUAAUGUGGCUUAUCAGACAUCAGAUCAUAUUCUCUGUUACCAGUAGCACACCAGCUUUGAGCUUAACGUUUUUCCAAUCACUCUGGCUGCAGACUGUACUAAAAAGAA